GCCUGUGAGAUUACUGAUAACUGCCCAACUGUGCAGAUUUCCAAAUAACAGAAAGUGAAUGUGGAAAGUUCUCACUGGUCAGAUAUGGAGGACAGAAGACCUUGUCCAGAGGCCAGACCCAGGAAUCCCCACACUAAUCACAGAGGACCUGUGGAUGGAGAAUUACCAAGAGUUAGAAAUCAGGCCAACAGUCCAGCAGGCGGUGCUGUCAGGGGAGCCAGUCAUCCGGGAAGGCAUUCGAGGACCAAUAAUCAACCUCCUUGCCGGCAAAGGGAGGAGAGGUUUGCAGCCAUGGGCCGGAACCCACAUCAGGGAAGAAGGAACCAAGAGGGGCAUACCAAUGACGAGCCAAGAGGCCAGAGACAUGGUCAAGAGAAUGAUAACAGGCGGAGAAAUGGUAACCAGGAGGGAAGGAACCGAAGACCACCAUGGUCUGAUGAAAACUUCCAGCAGUGGCAUACUCCCCACCAGAAGCCAGCAGAACAGCCACCGCAAGUCAAAAAACUGGGCUACAAGUUCCUAGAAAGUCUUUUACAGAAAGACCCUUCUGAGGUGGUUAUCACACUUGCCACAAGUUCAGGGCUUAAGGAGCUUCUGUCUCACACAUAUAUGAAAUCCAGCUUCCUUGAGCUCAUCUGCCAGGUUCUUCAGAAGGCUUGCAGUUCCAAAAUGGACCGCCAGAGUGUUCUUCAUGUCCUGGGAUUACUGAAGAAUUCUAAAUUCCUCAAAGUUUGCCUACCGACUUAUGUAGUAAGAAUGAUCACUGAACCGGUCCCUGAAAUUCGAAACCAAUAUCCAGAACAUAUUAGUAACAUCAUCUCCCUCCUCCAGGACCUUGUGAGUGUCUUUCCUGCCAGCUCUGUGCAAGAAACUUCCAUGCUUAUUUCUCUCCUGCCAACUUCUCUUAAUGCCUUGAGAGCCUCUGGCAUUGACAUAAAAGAGGAGACAGAGAAGAGCCUAGAAAAAGUACAGACUAUCAUUGAACAUUUGCAGGAAAAGAGGCGAGAAGGUACAUUAAAAGUAGAUACCUACACUCUAGUGCAGUCAGAGGCAGAGGACCAGGUGAACUACCGAACAAUCCCCAUUUACCCUACCUACAAUGAGGUUCACCUAGAUGAGAAGCCAUUCCUUCGCCCCAACAUCAUUUCUGGAAAAUAUGACAGCACUGCCAUCUAUCUAGACACCCACUUCCGCCUCCUGCGAGAAGAUUUUGUCAGACCCCUGCGCGAAGGCAUUUUGGAACUUCUUCAAAGCUUUGAAGACCAAGGGCUGAGAAAAAGAAAGUUUGAUGAUAUCCGAAUCUACUUUGACACCAGGAUUAUCACCCCAGUUUGCUCAUCAUCAGGCAUUGUCUACAAGGUGCAGUUUGACACAAAACCACUCAAGUUUGUUCGCUGGCAGAAUUCCAAGCGAUUGCUCUAUGGGUCCUUGGUGUGCAUGUCCAAGGACAAUUUUGAGACAUUUCUUUUUGCAACUGUGUCCAACCGGGAUCAUGACGAUCUUUGCCACGGAUUUGUUCAACUAUGCUUCAAUGAGCAGAGUCGACAACUGCUAGCAGAUGUCCAGCCCUCUGACUCCUUCCUUAUGGUGGAGACGACUGCAUACUUUGAGGCUUAUCGGCAUGUCCUUGAAGGACUUCAGGAAGUCCAGGAAGAAGAUGUGCCCUUCCAAAGGAACAUUGUCGGUUGUGAUUCUCAUGUAAAGGAGCCACGGUAUUUGCUAAUGGGGGGUAGAUAUGACUUCACUCCCUUAAUAAAGAAUCCCUCAACCUUUGAGGAAUCUCUGAGGAAUGCAGAGAGCUCACAAUAUUCCAGCGUUAAUGUUUUAGAUCCCAGCCAGUGGCCUUCAAAAGAAACCCUGAAACUGGAUGACUCCCAGAUGGAAGCCUUACAGUUUGCUCUCACGAGAGAACUGGCUAUUAUUCAAGGACCACCUGGAACAGGCAAAACCUAUGUGGGUCUAAAAAUUGUGCAGGCCCUUCUAACCAACGAAUCCGUUUGGCAAAAUAACCAGAAGUUCCCCAUCUUGGUUGUGUGUUAUACUAAUCAUGCUUUGGACCAGUUUUUAGAAGGCAUCUACAAUUGUUUAAAGACCAAGUUCAUUCCAGUAGGUGGAAGGAUGAAACAACGCAUUACAGUUCUUGACCACCAGCCCAGCAUUGUGCGGGUAGGUGGGAGGAGCAACAGUGAAAUCCUGAAGCAGUUUACCUUGAGAGAGCUGAGGAACAAACGGGAAUUCCGCCGCAACCUCCCGAUGCACCUGCGAAGAGCCUACAUGAGCAUCAUGACAGAAAUGAAAGAGUCAGAGCAAGAAUUGCGUGAAGUAGCCCAGACCCUGGAGUGUACUAUGCGUGGUAUACUGCGAGAACAGCAUCUUGAGAAAUACAUCUCCCCACAGCAUUGGAAAAGCCUAAUAAAUGGGCCAAUACAGGAUACUGAUUGGGUUUGCUACCAAAGUGGAAAGCAUUCUAUGAUGCAGGAAUGGCUAGGCUUGGGAAUCAGUUCUUUUACCCAAAGUGUUGCUCCCGGAGGACCUGAAAAUACAGCCCAAGCAGAAGGGGAGGAGGAGGAAGAAGGAGAAGAGGAAGGCUCUCUGAUUGAGAUCACAGAGGAGGCUGACCUGAUUCAAGCAGACCGGGUGAUUGAGGAAGAAGAGGUUGUAAAGCCCCGGCGGUUGAAGAAGGAAGAGAAUGGAGCCAUCCAGGAGUUGGCUAAAGCGCUUCUGGCCAUAACGCUGGACAACUAUGGCCCAAGAAUAGCAGCUGGGCAUGAGCAAGCCACAGGAGAAUGGGAGAUGCAACGCAGCCAGAAAAGGAAAAUGAAGAACAGAGUAAAAGAAGAGCUUCGUAAACUGAACACCAUGACGGAGGCUGAGGCCAAUAAAAUCCAGGAUGUUUGGCAACUGGACCUGAGUUCUCGCUGGCAGCUUUAUAGGCUUUGGCUACAGAUGUACCAGGCCGAAAUGCGCCGCAGAAUACUCAACUCUGAGCGCCACUACCACAUAUGUGCCGAAAGAAUGACCGAACUGAGACUCCAAGAAGACCUGCACAUCCUAAAGGACGCCCAAGUUGUAGGAAUGACAACCACAGGUGCUGCCAAAUACCGCCAGAUCCUACAGAAGGUGGAACCUCCGAUUGUCAUUGUAGAAGAAGCUGCUGAGGUUCUUGAAGCACACACCAUUGCCACAUUGAGCAAAGCUUGUCAGCACCUAAUUUUGAUUGGGGAUCACCAGCAGCUGCGCCCCAGUGCCAAUGUGUAUGAUCUGGCUAAGAACUUCAACCUAGAGGUGUCCCUCUUUGAACGGCUGGUGAAAGCAAACAUUCCCUUUGUCCGUCUUAAUUACCAGCAUCGAAUGUGCCCUGAAAUAUCCCGACUUUUGACACCCCACAUUUACCAGGACCUGGAGAAUCAUCCCUCUGUUCUUAAAUAUGAGAAGAUUAAGGGGGUCUCUUCCAACCUUUUUUUUGUGGAGCAUAACUUUCCUGAACAGGAAAUCCAAGAAGGCAAAAGCCACCAGAACCCGCACGAGGCCUAUUUUGUUGUGGAGCUGUGCAAGUACUUCCUGUGCCAGGAAUACCUGCCCUCCCAGAUCACCAUCCUCACUACCUACACUGGGCAGCUCUUCUGCCUGCGCAGGCUCAUGCCUGCUAAGACAUUUGAUGGGGUCAAGGUACACGUAGUAGACAAAUAUCAAGGGGAAGAGAAUGACAUCAUUCUCCUCUCACUGGUGCGGAGUAACCCGGAAGGCAAGGUGGGUUUUCUCCAGAUUCCCAAUCGCACUUGCGUGGCCUUGUCCCGUGCCAAGAAGGGGAUGUAUUGCAUUGGGAAUAUGCAGAUGCUGGCCAAGGUGCCCUUGUGGAGCAAAAUAAUCCAUACUCUCCGAGAGAAUAAUCAGAUAGGCCCCACACUGCGCCUGUGUUGCCAAAACCACCCUGAAACCCACACCCUAGUAUCCAAAGCAUCUGAUUUCCAAAAUGUGCCCGAAGGAGGCUGUAGCCUACCCUGUGAGUUCCGCCUGAGUUGUGGGCAUGUCUGUACCCGAGCCUGUCACCCCUAUGACUCCUUACACAAGGAGUUCCAGUGCAGGAAGCCAUGCCAGAAAGUCAUUUGCCCAGAUGGGCACCGGUGUCCUCGUGAAUGCUUUGAAGAGUGUCAGCCGUGUCAGGUAAAAGUACCUAAGAUAAUUUCCCGCUGUAACCAUGAACAGAUGGUCCCUUGUUCUGUGCCUGAGGCAGAUUUCUGCUGCCAGAAACCAUGCCACAAAUUCCUGAAAUGUGGGCACAAGUGCAGUCGUCUGUGUGGCGAGGAGUGUGUGCGAAUAUGUUCAGAAAAGGUCACCGAGAAACUCAAGUGUGGGCACAGCCAGCAGGUGAAGUGUGGCAAUGUUAAAGACCUCAUGUUUGGCCUGCCUGUGGAGUGCACCACCAAGUGUGAAACCAUCUUGGCCUGCGGGCAUCCUUGCCCUGGCUCCUGCCACAGCUGUUUUGAAGGACGAUUUCAUGAACGCUGUCAGCAGCCCUGCCAACGUCUGCUCAUCUGCUCUCACAAGUGCCAGGAGCCAUGCAUUGGCGAGUGUCCACCCUGCCAGCGGACCUGUCAGAACCGCUGUGUCCAUAGCCAGUGCAAGAAGAAGUGUGGGGAGCCAUGCAGCCCCUGUGUAGAGCCCUGUGUCUGGCACUGCCAGCACUACCAGUGCACCAGACUCUGCUCUGAGCCCUGCAACCGACCCCCAUGCAAUGUGCCUUGUACUGAGCUGUUGGCCUGUGGCCAUCCUUGCAUUGGUUUGUGUGGGGAACCAUGUCCCAGUAAAUGCCGUGUUUGCCACCACGACGAAGUCACCCAGAUCUUCUUUGGCUAUGAAGACGAGCCUGAUGCUCGCUUUGUUCAGCUUGAGGACUGCAGCCACAUCUUUGAAGUGCAUGCCCUGGACCGCUACAUGAUUGAGCAGAAGGAUGACGAAGUGGCCAUAAGGUUAAAGGUCUGUCCGAUCUGCCAGGUGCCCAUCCGCAAAAACCUAAGAUAUGGAACCAGCAUCAAGCAGCGGCUAGAAGAGAUUGAGAUUAUCAAGAAGAAGAUUCAGGGCUCAGCAGGAGACACAGGAGCUCAUCAGGAACAUCUUAAGGGCUUGCUAGAGAAAGAGAGCCUCCAUUACCACCUGCGUCAUGAAGAACUCCAGAUGCUAGAGGAGAAGCUGGCUCAGAAAAACCUGUCAGCAAAGGAGCUGGUCCUUGUGGAGAAUUACAUCAACUUCUUUAACCACCUGGCUGGCCUAAAGGACUCCCUGAGAAAGUAUCAUGUUUCUGGAGGAGAAUGGGGAGUGGGGAUGCGCCUAAAUCAGGUCUAUGAAUGGAUAGCCAAAAAGCGUUUGAGCUUCACCAGCCAGGAACUGGAUGACCUUCAAAGCGAAUUGCAGAGACUCAAGUACCUGGUGAACCUCCUGACCCGAUGUAAGAUGGCAAAAGAAAAGGCAAAAGAGGUCGCACAAGAGGUCCUCAGUGUUAGGCAGAUCCUGGAGAAAACAUGUAAGUUCACAGAAGAGGAUAAACAGCUUGUGAAGAAAAUGAUGGAAGCUCUGAAAGCCUCGCUUCCCUGCUCUGGUCUGGGCAUCUCUGAAGAAGAACGACUGCAGAUCGUCAAAGCCAUUGGUUUCCCUAAAGGCCACUGGUUCAAGUGCCCCAAUGGCCACAUCUAUGUGAUUAGUGAGUGUGGAGGGGCCACACAGAGGAGCACAUGUCCUGAUUGUAAGGAGGUGAUUGGCGGCAUAAAUCAUACUCUGGAAAGUAGCAAUCAGCUUGCUUCUGAGAUGGAUGGAGCUCAGCACCCUGCAUGGUCUGACACAGCCAACAAUAUGAUGAACUUUGAAGAGAUCCGAAGAAUGCUCUAGGAAGACAGCACACUGCGGCCUUUUGCCCUGGCCACCAUCUGGUUGCAGCUGGCUGCCUUAGGGAUAAGUGAAAGCCUACUUUGUACUAUUGUCUUUAAUCUUAGCACCUAUUCAAGGAUCCACUUCUAGGGCUUGCCCACAUUUCUAGGUUUACCCCUGCGCUAGAAUAAGCACUUUACCUCCAAAACUGAGAGCAAAGUUAAUAUUUCUCCUCUCGUUAGUGGACAGAUUCCCCAGAGUUAAUCUGGGGUUUCCACCUAGGGCUCUCUAGUGGCAUCUCUGAGUCCUGUCUUGAUCUUUCUUCAGCACUCUAGGGUCACAGAGUAUGACUUUCAAAUUAGUAGGCUUUAUAAUUCCUAGGCUAUACUUGCAGACUAACGUUAUGUCUAAUAACAAGAGGCCCAGAGUUGUUUAUCCUUUGUGGAGCACAAGUAUCCUACCUGCCUUCCUCCUUGAGGCAAGUGAUAUAACAAAUAACUUCUCUAACACUGGCCCAAUCUCAUCAUCAUUGGGGCGGGGGAGGCAGAAUGUGAGCAUUCACAGCUGGGGGCUUAUACAGUCAGCCAGGAAUGAUUCCUGUGCCCUUUGGGGUGAUGAUUUGCAGUAGCAAUGCUGGUGCACAGGGGACUCAAAUGGAACUGAACAGACACUUGUUACACAUUAUCCAAAGCGUGAAUCUUGUCUCAAUACCCUCUGCAGCUUUUGCCUGGGCAGGGUUAGCAUGAGAGCAGCUUCUGCAGGCCCCAGACCCUUGCUGAAAGCCAGCUCCCCAGGCCUGCAGUCUGCCUACAUAUUCUCAGUCCAGUGUUCCCUAGAAUAAACACCUAGGCAUCUCAGGUCUUUCUAAUAUUAGCAAGAAAAAGUUCUUUUUUUCCUAUGUAUGCAGUUCCUUUUUGUCUUUACUAUGCACUUUAGCCUAUAAAGCCAAUUAAUAAAAACAGGAAAAAAAU